AUGUAUCACACGGUUCGAAUUCGUGAUCUAUCUCCUACACCAGCAAAAAAAUGGGCGAAGUGUUCAGACACUACACAGUUACAAGAUGAUUAUUGGUUGAAAACUAUCCAAGAAUCUGGAAAGGAUCGCUUUGAAAUUCGGUAUCAGUCCUCCAACGGACCACAUUCAUACGUCUGUAAUCAUGGUCAUGCUGUAUUCGAAGCUUAUUUGGCAGCAUAUAAUGCUCAUGAAGAUAUUGUACUUUCGCCAGACGACAUCUGGAUUAUGAUUGUCAUCUAUUAUGCAAAAUAUGUCAAUCAAAAUGCCGAGCAAAUGCGUUCUUUGUUUGUCGAUCAUCAAAACAAGAAGAAACUUGUUGUUGAGACAUAUUCGCCAGCUGGUCCUGACUGGCCAGCCUUUUUGACAGGAAUGAGAGAAGAAAUUGAUAAACAUGUAAAAAAUGAUGCAGUCAAAUUGUUGACAUCGCAAUAUACAACGACAGGUCCAGUAGAAGCUCUGUUGUCUUGUGCAGGAAUCUUACAAACUUUCGAAAAGUAUUUUGAAUAUGAACAUUUAUGGUGUGGUUGUGGUAUUCGUAAUGUUCAUUUUCUGGGCACUCUUACUGAUUGGCAACUUCUACGCAAAAAGACAGAAGAACUGAAGAAUUUUACGUUGAGAGAUCGCGCUGGAGGAUUUUCAGACUACUUAGAUGGUGUAUUACCUAUUCUUGAUAAAUUCAUUUCUACUUAUCAAGGAAAUGUCGACAAUCAUUUCUGGGAUCAUAUUUUCGAUUACACACAUGUACAUAAACCAGGACCAUCUGGGUAA